AUGAAGGAGGAGGAGGAGGAGAUUACUGUCCCGUUGGAGGAGGAAGGGAAGACUGGAGAUCUGAUUAACACCAGAGAAAGACCAGACUCGGAGGAACCAGAGACGUCCAAACCAGCAAGACAACGCAACUGCUCCCACUGUGGAAAGGGUUUUAACCAUUUAGGGGACCUGAAACGACACGAGAGAAUACACACGGGGGAGAAACCUUUCCAAUGCUCCCUGUGUGUAAAGAGUUUUUCCUUGUUAGUGAGCCUGAAAAGACAUGAGAGGACACACACAGGAGAUACUCCUCAUCACUGCUCUCAAUGUGGAAAGAUGUUUAUUCAGUUGGGGAACUUAAAAAUACAUGAGAGAAUACACACAGGGGAAAAACCUCUUCACUGCCCCCAGUGUGGAAAGAGCUUUCACCGGAAAGAAUACCUGAAAGAGCAUGCGAGCAUACACACAGGAGAGAAGCGAGAUAAACCUUUCCAAUGCUCCCAGUGUCGAAAGAGUUUUUCCUUGUUAGCGAGACUGAAAAGACAUGAGAGGACACACACAGGAGAGAAGCCUCAUCACUGCCCCCAGUGUGGAAAGAGUUUUAACCUUAAAGAAUACCUGAAAGUGCAUGAGAGAAUACACACAGGAGAGAAGCCCUACCACUGCUCCCAAUGUGAAAAGAGUUUUGCUUGGUUAGGGUACCUGAGAAGACAUGAGAGGACGCACACAGGAGAGAAGCCUCAUCAUUGCUCCCAGUGUGGAAAGAGUUUUACCCAGUUAGGUCACAUGAGAAGACAUGAGAGAAUACACACAGGAGAUAAGAGCAGUAUAGACCCAGCGCGCAUGUUGUGA